AAAAAUAUCGUCGUAUUUGGCGAAGCCGGCUCAGGGAAAAGCUCAAUCAUCAAUACCAUCGCCCAAAAGCAGGUCGCAAAAACAUCAAAUGAUGCAGUGGGAUGUACCUUGAAACCUAAACGCUACACAGUAGACAUUUCCGGCCAUAAAUUCGCCCUGUUUGAUACCGCAGGUCUGAACGAGGGUAGUGAAGGCAACGUGCCGGACAAGCAGGCGAAGAAACAGCUGAAGAGAUUGUUGAAAGAGCGCAUGAGGCACAAGUCACCAGAGUCGGAUGGUAUCGACCUUCUAGUGUACUGCGUGCGGCGGCGCAACACAAUAUCCCUUCCCACCAUCCUUGAUGCCUACAACACCGUUUACUCUGGGACCUGCCGGAAGGAGAAAGUCCCAAUCGUCGUCGUCGUCGUCACAGGAUUUGAGUCUGAGACUCACACGGAGAGCUGGUGGGAUGCUCACAGGGAGACAUUCAAUAGCAUGCAUCCCGCAGGCCAUGCAUGUGUCACAACCACUCAGGAAUAUCUAGGCAUUCAGGCAGACCUUACUCGUCGAGUUGCACAGUCGAGCGAGAUUCUGCGCGACCUUAUCGUGAACACAUGCUCGGCUCCGAUGGUCGAUGACAACUUGCCCGUGGGAACGUGGUGCUGCUUGCCGUUGUGCUCGAUGAACUGA